AAUUGUUCAUGAUUUGUAUGUCCCUCUGCAUGACAAAGCUCGAAGUGAAUAGUGCUGUGUAUAUAUGUGCAACAGAAAUAUCGCUGAUGAGGUUUCGUUUACAAUGAAAAUUUUAUUUAUUUGAAAAAAAAAAUGGUAUGUGAAAAGCGUCUUUGUGCAUUUUGGUAAUCGGGAAAAAAAUUGGCUUCUUUUAAGAGUAACUGAUCGAGGUCAACGCAGAAACAUCUGUGAAGUUUUAAAGGAGAAAGUGGUGACAAUAUCACUUCGUAUAGGAUUUGUAGCCUUCGUUUGUCGCAUAAGCGUCGAGAAUCGCUGGAAGAAAACCAUAUUGACAAUGAAUGACAUGGAGCCGGAAAGGACACCAGACAGAGGCGAAGAUGAGGAAGAAGGAGAAGAAGAAGAAGACGACGAAGAAGGAUACGACGAAGAAGUAGGAAGUGGAGGAGGAGACGAAGCAGAAAAACGACAAGUGUCGUCUCAAGUGGCUCUUGUUGUCGCUGGAUGCGUCGAUCUCGACAAGAUCGUUGAGGUGUCCCCAAGCUCUUCCCGGGAGAUGAGGAACAUGGCGGAGAAGAUGCGCCGGGACAAGCUCAACAACUACGUGGCUGAGAUCGCCGGAAUCGUUCCCCUGGGGUCGGGAGCCAGCGCCAACAAACGCAUCGACAAGACCUCCGUCCUGAGACUCGCCGCCAACUAUAUAAGGAUGCAUAAGAUCCUGAAUGAUGACGACGAACCAUCUAACAAGAUGACGCCGGACUUCGGCAAAGAAAUCACCCACGCCCUCGCUGAGGCCGUUGGGGGAUUUCUCUUGGUGGUGACGUCAUCUGGGAAAGUGGUGUACAUUACCGAAACUGUUGACCAAUUCUUCGGUCACACGCAGGUGGACUUGCUUGGUCACAGCAUAUACAACGUUAUCCAUCCUGACGAUCAUGACAUAUUCCAACAGCAGCUCGUUCCUAAAGAGAACUGCAGACGGUCGUUUUACUGCCGCAUGAUGGAGAAGGCCCUUUCUCGUAAUGAUCCCGGUCGGUAUGAAAUUAUCCUGGUUGUAGGUCAGUUAAGACCUCUGCCACAAAUGCAAACGUGUUUGCCCUCUUGCUCAAUGACUUCCCCAGCAUCUUCAUCCCAUGGAGAAACCAGUACCUCGAGUGAUCAUGAUGAUGAAGAAAGCUCGGAUAACGAAGGAGAGAUGCGACCACUAAAGGUGACAAAUAGAACUGGGACACACAUGCUUGUUUGUUUCGUACGUGUCGUCAAAGACAGACCCAUCACAGAGCUCACCCUUGUCGAGUCUACCCAAGAUGAGUAUAUCACUCGGCACGGAAUGGAUGGGAAAAUUCUCUAUACAGAUCAUAGAAUUUCCUUUGUAACUGGCCUUAUGCCCACUGAGGUGGUUGGAACAUCAGCAUUCAAUUACAUGCAUCAAGACGAUAUACUUUGGUCUAUAGUUGCUCAGAAAUUGAUGUUUACAAGUACCCAAGGACAGGGUGUAGUUUCAUACAGAUUGAGGUGCAGAGAUGGAGCCCAUAUCACCCUAAGAUCACGUGGAUUUCUUGAAGUUAAUAAACAGACUGGACAAGUGGAAUCUUUUGUAUGCAUCAACACAGUGUUAAGCAUUAAUGAAGCAAUGGAAGAGAUAAAAAAUCAGCGACGGAAACUCCUCCCAAUCAUAACUUGCCAUGAAACAGAGGAUCACCUUGGUUCCAUUUCAUCUUCAUUACCACCUGAGCUAAUGAUGAUGCUGAAGCAAGUGAUGAACCCUGAAACAAUGCGCAAGAUGAUUGAAUCUGUAAGUAGCAACCAACUUGCUCCACCCGAAAGUUAUGAAUCAGCCAAAGCACCUUCAAUAAGUCCCCUACCAGAAAAUGCAGAACAUGAUGACACUAUUAAUCCAUUCCAUACAAAACCAAAGAGACACUGUAGUGAAAUUUCUACUUGCAAAUCAGUAGAUACAUGGAUUUCACAGAAAGGUGAGGAUCAGGAGGAGUGGCACAAAGUAACCAAGAAGCGGUCAAAUGUAGAUGAGUUUAUUACAGUUGCCAGUAAAAAGUUCUCUUUCCAACCAGAUUCCCCUUGCCCAGAUUUGCUUCAUCCAAAUUAUAAAUCUCCCUCAAACCAAAAUUAUAGUUCAGUAACAUCCCCACAACCAAGCUUCUCUCCCACUACCUCUUCAGUGCCUGAAAAUUUGAACAAUUUUCCAUCAGGUACCUGCCACCAGUAUAGCAGUAAUAUCCACAAUUGUGAUAGCAGCAGUCAUAGUCAUAGUGGUGAUAGUGUCAUCCCUCCAAGCAUGUCCCAACAAUAUCUGAAAGUAGAUGCAGUUCCUCCGGAAGAGUUGUGGCAACCUAUUAACCCAUCUGCCUUGACACCCCAGAGGAGUGGACAGGAUUAUUUAAUUCCUGAAGAUGAACAUAAAACUAGCAAAAACAUGAUGCCAUCUCCUAGUAGAAACAAUCCGAGAACACCUUCUGGUAUAGCAAAUUCUCCUAAUUUUGAACAAAGUAGAGAUGCAGUGUUCUCUCCUGGUUUGCGGGACUCAAGAAUAACAGAUAAUGAACAUCCACUCAACAACCACCAUCAAAGAAUUGAAGGCUUUUCGCCUCCAGGUUUUGAUAGCCUUAGUGGAACAGGAGGUACAGCAGUAGGAUGUAACGUUCUUCAACUCAGAUGUGAAACAGUGUCUUUGCCCAGUGGUCAGAACCAUGGUAUUGGAAGCUACAACCAAAGUACAAGUCUUGGUAUAUCCUAUCCAAGCAGCUACAGCCAAAAUACAUGUCAAGUGUCACCACCUGUUAGGAACUAUGAAUGUGAUGAAAAGAAACUUAUCCAUGGACCCCAAGACACUGACCAAAGUGCUUGUAAAGUUAUUUCUAGUACUGCACCGUCUCAUUGUAGUUACCAGUUCAGUGCUUCAUCACUAAAGGAUCAUUCUUCACUAAUGUCACCAAAGCUCUAUCCUCAAUACCAGCCAUCAACUCCAGGUAUUAACUAUUCAGUUAGUCAACAUCAGUACCAGUAUACUAUUCCUGCUCAAGACCAAGGCUACACAGUACCUCCCCAGACUCUUUCUAGUACCAGUUCUGGGUAUUACACUCCAGACUUCUCUCCACAAGUACAGAAACAGCAACAAGGUUUACAAGGAAGACAGCUGCCUCCUAAUCAAGACUCGAGCCUCCAUGCUGUUCCCAUUACCACCUCGUAUAGCGUUUCUUUGAGUGAACCAGGAACUUCAGGGAAGUUGUUAUGACCUUCAGAUGAUGAAUAUCCAAAUCUUCCAUCAUGAUUAUUCUGGAAGAAGCUGCAAGUUAAAUUGUGAAGUCAGUUGCUUCAAAAAUACAUAAAAUUACUGCCUCUUAAAGAGGUAUCAUGUAAGAUACAAAAUGUAAAUUCAUUCAUCCAUUCAUUCACCUACCUCAUUUUCAUUGAUUGCCCAUCAUUUUAUUUUAUUUGAAAACAUUUCAUCCGAGGAAUAA